AUGCAUAAAUUCCAUCUCUACCAUCACUUUAAUUGCCUUCUCCUUUUACUUUUUCUGGCUUUUUUUACUAAACUGGCAGAAACGUAUAACCAUCUGAAUGGUCUUGGUCCUGAUGAAGAUCCUUUCGUGCCUAACCCCAAUUCGGUGGUACAGGACUUUCCCGUACGAUAUAAUGGGGCAGGCCUUUCGAUUACCGCCAAAACACCCUCAUACUUCUCGAGACGAAGACCCUACAAAUUAGCUAAUCCUGCUGCCACUUUAGUGGGAGCCGACUCAAUCCUGCAAGUUGUGCCCUCGAAUUCAUCACCGCCAUUGAAGCACUCGGCAUCAUCCUCAUUAUCAUCAACAACGAUACAGAUUUAUUCAUCUAAAACGAAGCCAGACAAAGUGUCAGAACAACGACACGCUCACUUUCACGCUGCCUGGCGUCUGGCCCAGCAAAGUGCAGUUGAUUUAUCUGAAUAUUUCAUUCCACUCCGCUCCAUGAUUAAUAUUCUCAAUAUUUCCAGUCAAGAUUUUGGGGUGUACACCUGUGCCAUGCAGAAUCCGCUGGGAAGCGACGAGGCCUCAACUACUCUGGAAGAGUUAUGUCAGUCCUUUUCUAUCCUGAUAACAAUAUCUCACCUUUUUUCUGUGCUCUUGGCCUGA